AUGCUCACCACUUCCGCAAGCACAUUGGAGCUCUGCAUAGACGCGUGCGAUUCCAAUUCCGGAUGUGUCGAUGUGGCCUGGGUUUACGGAUCCUGCUAUCUUAAGAGCUCUGUCGGUACCGCCAUCUCCAACAAUGCCGUUCUUGGUGCGAAACUCAUCACCAGUUCGCCGUCAUCUUCGACAUCCGCUUCUUCAAGCGGUACCUCUUCUACCGUCGGCGUCAGCUCUUCUGCAAGCAGCUCUUCUGCAAGCAGCUCUUCUACAAGCAGCUCUUUUACAAGCAGUUCCUCUACUGUCAGCUCUUCUACUGUCAGCUCUUCUACUGCCAGUUCUUCUACUGCCAGUUCCUCUACUGUCAGCUCCUCUACUGCCAGCUCGUCGACUUCUACUGCCAGCUCGUCGACUUCUACUGCCAGCUCGUCUACUUCUACUGCCAGCUCCUCCACUUCUACUGCCAGCUCCUCCACCACCAGCUCCUCAGCAACCCCAUCCUCAUCGACCAUCUCCUGCCCCACUUCCGACGGCAAGACCAUCUCCGGACCCCGCGGCCAAAAAUUCCUCAUCGAAUGCGGCACCGACCACCAAGGCGGCGACAUGGGCGCGCCCACGUACCCGGGCAGCUUCGCCGCCUGCGUGGCCCAGUGCGACGCGACCGACGGUUGCGUAGACGUGUCGUACGUCUCCAACGGGCCCUGCUACCUGAAGGGCACGCUGGGCGGCUCGCUCGCCAACGCGGGCAUCUGGGGCGCGAAGCUCACGGCGUCGCUGCCCAGCGGCAUCGCGGCGCGGGGCUGCCACGCGGACUCGGCGGCGGCGCGCACGUUCCCGACGCAGGCGUACGCCAACUCGUCCAACACGCCGGGCCUCUGCGCGUCGGCGUGCCGCGAGAAGGGGUACAAAUACGCGGGCACGCAGUACGGGACCGAGUGCUGGUGCGGGCCGUCGUUGCCAUCGACCGCCGCGGCCGCGGCCGACUGCUCGAGCGCGUGCGCGGGCGACGCCGGCCAGGCGUGCGGCGGCAGCUUCAGGCUGUCCGUGACCGAGGACACGGCGUGGACGCAGAAGUUCUUCGCGCGGCAGUCGUACGGCACGUGGAGUCUCGCGAGCUGCUACAGGGACAACGUCGACGGCAAGAGGACGCUGGGGACGAGCGUCUCCAUCGACGCCGGCUCGGCGACGGUGGCCAAGUGCUUGGACGCGUGCGCGGCCAAGGGCUUCGCCUACUGCGGGGCCGAGUACUACUACGAGUGCUACGGGGGCGCGGCGAAGCCGGCUGACGCCCUGGUGGUGCCCGACGUCGCCGAUCCGCUGCUGGCGGGUUGCGAUUACGCGUGCUCGGGCAACUCGACCGAGGCUUGUGGCGGGGCGGAUAGGCUUUUGGUUUACGUCAAUAAUGGAACGAGGGUGUGA